ACAGGAACCAGUCCAGGUUCAGGAGGACCUGGUCGCUGGCUCCCCCAGCCUCUUACCAGAAGAAAUCAUUCAUACCCGAGAGAACUACUGAAUGACUCGGAGGAUGAGGAGCCACCUGACCUUGAGUCGGAAUCUGGAGACGUGCCAAGCAGUUCAGAAAGUGGGUCCUAACAGCAUGCUCCUUGAGAGCCAAGAUUUGAGGACGCAGAUUAUCCAACUGUUGACUGAGCUGGAAGAGACCAGGGAGCUGGCACUGAAACACGAAGACAGCUUUCUGGAGAUGCAAGGUAUCCUAGAAGAGGAGAGGCUGGCCAGUGCUCAGCAAGCUGAGAUUUUCACUAAGCAAAUUCAGAGGCUCCAGGCUCAGUUGCGUUCAGUACAGGAGGAGGUGGACAGCUUGGAACAGGAGAAGGAGUGCGAGCUUCUGGAGGUGUCCCAAGAGUUACGCUGUGCACAGGAGGAGAUCAUGUCUCUGCGUCAGUCAGCAGAGGAGGCAGCAGCUGAGCGUGAGAGCGACAUUGCCUCAUUGCAAGAGGAGUUGUGUAGACUGCGAGCAGAGCUACAUGAGCUUCAGGAGACAAGGCAGGAGUACGAGAUGGAGAUAACCACUUUAAGAGCAGAGAUCAGCAUGAAGAGCUGUAGUGUGCACGCAGGACAGGAACCUGCAACGCUGCAGGGAGAGCUGCAGUUCCUGCGGGACCAGUGCCAGCAUCUCCAGAUGGAACGCAGUAUCCUGCAGGAGAGUAACAGCCAGCUGAAGAGUCAUCUCUUGCUGCUGGGAGAAGAGAGCAGGGAAGAAGAUGCAGAUCAAGGCAAUGCAUUAAGUGAAUCUCAGCCGGAACAAACAGAAGAGAAUAACCCGAAGGAGGAAGAACUGCCACAAUAUGAUCCUGAAGGCACCAUGCCCUCAGCAUGCCUAUUGAAAGAAAGACAAUGACAGAUGUUGAAAAGCAGAAGCUGACCCGGGAAGAGGAGAGGCAAAAACUGCACACCCAGCUCCAAAGUGCAGAACAAAAAGUGCAGAAAGCACAGGCUGAGUGCGCUGGUCUCCUAACUGAGAUUGAAGAGCUGCAGCAACGCCAUCGGAUCAGCCAGGAGGAGCAGGAGAAGUUGCAAGAAGAACUAAGAUUGUGCAGAGAUGAGAUUCAUCGGCUGAAGGAAAGUGGCUUGCAGGCCCCCUCUGGAUCUGACCCUCCUGUUCUCUCCCUUCCCCUCCUAGGACUUAUUGUUAUAAUGGGGACACUCUGGUGCUGGUGGGCUGAGACGUCCUAG